CCCCACGAAAAGUACACAACCAACACAAUCAAUAUCUCAGUCCUUUUUAAUCACUAUCCAGUUUCCAACUCCAAAACUGCAAAGUACCAGAUUAUCCACACUUCCCAGUUUCCAUAUUUGCUUAUACGGCUCGAUUCGCUUGUAGUUCGAGCGUAAAAAGCAAACUUCACGACUCUGGUCCCAGAAAUUAAUGGAUGGUUGCUCUAAUUACUACGUGGACCCACCGGGGGAAUCGUCGUCGGCUUCGGACACCAGCAGUGCUCGCCCCAUGUUCCUGACCUUGUCGGACAAGGAGGUACUGCUGGCGUCUACUUGCCCGAAGAAGCGGGCUGGACGGAAGAAGUUUAGAGAGACACGGCACCCGGUGUUUCGGGGUGUAAGGAGGAGGAACUCCGGCAAGUGGGUGUGCGAGGUGCGCGAGCCCAACAAAAAGACAAGGAUUUGGCUGGGCACUUUUCCCACCGCAGAAAUGGCCGCCCGCGCGCACGACGUGGCGGCAAUUGCACUGAGGGGCAGGUCCGCCUGCCUUAAUUUUGCUGACUCCGCUAGGAGGCUGCCUGUCCCGGCUUCUUCCAACGCCAAGGACAUUCAGACGGCUGCCACAGAAGCAGCAGAGGCGUUUCGGCCUACUGAGGAGUCGGAUGAGGUUUGUGGAUCUCCUGUGGCGGCUCCAUCGGAGUCCACGUCCGCAUCGGAGCAGCAACAAGUGUUCUAUAUGGACGAGGAGGCGGUUUUCGGGAUGCCGGGACUGCUGGCAGACAUGGCGGAAGGAAUGCUAUUGCCUCCACCCCAUUACAGUGAUGAUGAUGACGUGGAUGUUUGUGCUGACGUGCCCUUAUGGAGUUUUUCCAUUUAAUUUUAGUCUUAAUCGGCUGAUUUGAUAUUGCUAUGCUUUGGAAAAAAUAACUUUUGCUGUGCUAUCUGUUUUUACCAAACCCCUUUUUAAGCUUAGCUUUUUUUUAUUCCAACUUUUUAUAAAAGCACAUUACUACCAAACCAGUACUCUACAAUGUAAAAAAGCAGCUCCCGGGAGAAUCGUCAAAUUUUGAUUUCGUUUUUUUAGUGAUAUUUGCCUUGCAAAAGUGCUUUUGCUCCGCACAAUAUUUUGACUUGUACGGAAGCACUUAUGCAUGAUGUAAUAAUGUAGAAAAAAUAAUUAUUCAAAAAUGUAGGAAAAUCUCAUUAAAUUAUCAAUAACAACGCAAAAUUUCGAGUAA